UGUUACUUGGAUCGGUGGACAUAGGUCCAAAAUAAUUCAUUUUCAGUGCAUUUCGUUAGGUAUUACGGAUCGGUCUCGUUUAGUUCGUUCACGGCAAAUCUGUGAUAUUCGCGUAUAUUUAGAUCCUGAACAGGAUCCUCGACACAUAUUCUGUGUUGGUUUGUGCUGCCCCAGCUCAUCUGCAAAAUACUAAAUAAAUAUACAAAAUGCUGCGUAAUAGCUAUAAAACACUGCGCAACAACUGCUUUAACAAUUACUGGAGGGCACUCAGCUCACAUGGACCCAGACAGCCAUUGAUACCACCAGAGAAACGCUUGGAGAAGGCUCAUCCACAGUUCACGGAACGCAGUCAGCUCAAAUAUGCCCGACGUCUGGUCGUUAAGUUGGGCAGUGCGGUUAUCACUCGAGAAGAUAAUCACGGAUUGGCCUUAGGUCGCUUGGCUUCCAUUGUGGAGCAGGUCGCCGAGUGCCAUUUGGAGGGCCGUGAGGUCAUAAUGGUCACCAGUGGUGCUGUGGCCUUUGGCAAACAAAAACUGGCUCAGGAGCUGCUCAUGUCGCUGUCGAUGCGAGAAACCCUUAAUCCCAAGGACACCAAAGAGUUCGAUGGUGCCACAUUGGAGCCACGUGCGGCCGCUGCGGUGGGUCAAUCGGGUCUUAUGUCGCUGUACGAUGCAAUGUUUGCGCAAUAUGGUGUCAAGAUAGCUCAGGUGUUGGUGACUAAGCCGGAUUUCUACAAUGAGGAGACACGCAACAAUCUCUUCUCAACGCUCUCCGAAUUAAUUAGCCUAAAUAUUGUGCCAAUCAUAAACACGAACGAUGCCGUGUCUCCACCAAUGUUCAUACGUGACGACGAGCCCGCUGGUGGUGCUAGAAAGGGUAUACCCAUUAAAGACAACGACAGUCUAUCUGCCAUGCUCGCCGCUGAAGUACAAGCAGAUCUGCUGAUUCUGAUGUCUGAUGUCGAUGGCAUCUACAAUAAACCACCCUGGGAGGAUGGCGCCAAGUUGAUGCACACUUACACCAGCGAUGACAUGAAUAGCAUUGAGUUUGGCAAGAAGUCAAAGGUCGGCACCGGCGGCAUGGACUCCAAGGUGAAGGCAGCUACUUGGGCCCUGGAUCGUGGCGUUAGCGUUGUUAUAUGCAACGGAAUGCAGGAGAAGGCUAUUAAGACAAUUGUGGGUGGCAGAAAAGUUGGUACAUUCUUUACGGAAUCAACGGAGGGCGCCAACACGAUGCCCGUUGAAGUGAUGGCCGAGAAUGCUCGCACAGGCAGUCGUCAAAUGCAGGCAUUGAGUGCCGCCCAACGUGCCACAGCCGUUAACAACUUGGCCGAUCUGUUGGUUAGCCGGGAGAAAUACAUUUUGGAAGCAAAUGCCAAGGACUUGGCCGAGGCGCAAAAGAGUGGACUGGCCAAGCCGUUGUUGUCGCGUCUAUCGCUGAAUUCGGCCAAAUUGAAGAAUCUCUCGAUUGGCUUAAAGCAAAUUGCCGAUGACAGUCACAAAAAUGUGGGUCGCGUUUUACGUCGCACUCAGCUAGCCGAUGGUCUGGAACUGAAGCAGGUAACGGUGCCCAUUGGUGUGCUCCUGGUGAUAUUUGAGUCCCGUCCAGACUCAUUGCCCCAAGUGGCUGCCUUGGCAAUGGCUUCCGCGAAUGGCUUGCUGCUCAAAGGCGGCAAAGAAGCUGCCCACAGCAACAAGGCGCUAAUGGAGCUAGUUAAAGAGUCCCUGAACAGCGUGGGUGCCGACAAUGCUGUAUCCCUGGUUUCUACGCGCGAGGAGAUUAGCGACUUGCUUUCCAUGGAGAAUCACAUUGAUUUGAUAAUUCCACGUGGCUCCUCUGAGCUGGUGCGCAGCAUUCAGGAGCAAUCCCUACACAUUCCUGUCCUGGGUCAUGCUGAAGGUGUUUGCCAUGUCUAUGUUGACCGGCAUGCCGAUUUGAAGAAGGCUUUGCAUAUUGCUCGCGAUGCCAAGUGCGAUUAUCCAGCAGCCUGCAAUGCAAUGGAAACGUUGCUCAUACACGAGGAUCUAAUGAGUGGCGAGAUUUUCAAUGAUGUAUGCAACAUGUUGAAACGUGAGGGCGUCAAAAUCUAUGCGGGUCCCCGUCUAAAUCAGCAACUGACAUUCGGACCACCUGCGGCGAAGAGUAUGAAGCACGAGUACGGUGCACUGGAGUGCUGCAUUGAGAUAGUGCCCAGUCUGGAGGAGGCCAUUAAUCACAUACACACGUAUGGAAGUGGUCACACUGAUGUCAUUGUUACGGAAAAUGAUGCCGCAGCAAAGCAUUUCCUUAGUACCGUGGACAGCGCCUGUGUUUUCCACAAUGCGAGCUCGCGUUUUGCGGACGGUUUCCGGUUUGGCCUUGGCGCCGAGGUGGGCAUCUCAACGGCACGGAUACAUGCACGUGGCCCCGUCGGAGUGGAGGGUCUCCUGACUACCAAAUGGAUACUCAACGGACAGGAUCAUGCUGCGGCGGACUUCGCUGAGGGCGGACAACGAACGUGGCUCCAUGAGCCGCUGCCCAUUGAUUAGUUUGUUUUGUCGUUGUCGUGUUUAAGUCUUAGUUUUUGAUAUACCUUGUGAAUAAAUAUUUGUAAGGUACUCGUAUGUUACCGUUAAACU